AUGCUUUAGAGCCCCCUUCAAGAUCUGUCCAUCUCAUCGGAUUCACCGCCAAUUCUCGUCACAAUGCCUGUGGAAAUUAUAGAUCUUGUCUCCAGUCCGAUUUUGCCUCGGCCUGCUAGAACCAAAGUAAACAAAACCGUACCUCCCUGCAAAGCCCUAACGUAUGAAGCAUCCAAGCCGCGAAAUGAAGACUGGUUUGACCUCUCGUCUGAUGGAAUCAGCCUUCCACCAUCAAAAGCCCUGGGUGUGAAAUCGUCACUUUCUGCGAAACAGAUUCUACCGUCGAAUGGCCUCUCAAAUCCUUCCCGACCCAUGAAUCUAGUUGGAAGCAAUGAGUUCUAUUUCCUCUCAGAUGAUUUUGACACCACUAUAUCGCCUCCGAAUGCGCCUACGGGCAAGCGAUCGGCGACGUCUUCUCUCCCAAAGCCGAAUUUGGACGGUUCCUCAAAGCAAGAUCGUCCCCGAAACCCCGCCAAAACGACGAAUAACGUCGAAUUUCUUUCAGACGACUUCGAUACUGCUCAUUUCGAUGAUCCAUUUGCCUCUGAUGAGCCAUUGCCGAAGAAACGACGCCUCGCCCCGUCACCAAAAGCUACUUCGAAGACCACAGGGCCGAAGAAGACUGAGUUGAAGAUGUCGACCUCCAGUAUCGAAUCUUCAUCCAAGAUACAUACAUCGAAAUCGGCUACCGGCCCAGGCUUGAGGCGAUCAAAAACAAUGAGCACCCUCCUCGAGUCAGAUCCCAUAAUGUUUACGAGCUCACCCGAUCCAUUUGAAGAUGCUGCUCGGCGAAGGAAGGGAAAGAGAAACACCACUUUAUACGAAGAUGGAGAGGAGGACGAUCCUUUUGAUAUUGGCCCCUCCCGGAAUGAGAUGGGGAGGAAGAAGGUUCCUUCUGGAAAUGGAAUAUUGGAGUCUAGCCAUGGUAACAGAGGAAAGGAAUUUGCGAUUGAGAAUUCGUCGGAUUUCGAUCUCCCGGAUAUUGGCUCCUUGGCAUCCAAGCCGAGCUCGAAGACUGCCAAGAGUUCACAGAUUGUUCUGGCCAAAUAUAAUGCUGAAAAAGCUAAGGAGGAGACAGCAAGGGACAAGGCAGAGAAAUCGAAAGAGAAACAAGCUUCAAAGGACGCCGAGAAGGAGCAGAAACGAUUGGCCAAGGAACAGAAAGUCCGAGGCAAGGAGAAAGCAGCUGAAAUGGCGAAAGUCAACACUCUUCGGACGGAUAAGAAGGUCUCUGCACCUGAAAUGAUUGUUGACAUUCCAUCAUGUUUGAAUGAGAAGCUUGUUGGACAAGCUCGAAAUUUCCUUACUCCCUUGCAGAUUGAACACUCCGACUGGGAGAGCUCGCUGCCUGUUAUCAAGUGGAGAAGAAAGGCCAUCGCUGAAUGGAAUGAUGAUAUGGGUCAUUGGGAGCCCGUCCCCUUGCGAAUCAAGACCGAGAAACACAUCAUGUGUAUAUUGUCUGCCAAAGAAUUUGUGGAUCUUGCAAUGGCGGACGAGGGCCAGGAUUUGGAUGCCCAUGUUCUGAGACUGAAAGCCAAGUUCGACUUCUGUGAAAUCAUCUACAUGAUUGAAGGGCUUGUAGCGUGGAUGAGGAAGAACAGAAAUGUGAAGAAUAGGCAAUUCGCAGCUGCGGUCCGCAGUCAUCUCAGUCAGGAAGAGCAGGCUCCAACUGCAAGUCAGAGGACGAAGAAGAGGAAAGAGCAGGAGUAUGUCGAUGAGGACAUGAUCGAAGACGCUUUGCUUAGGCUACAGGUCAUUCAUGGCACGCUCAUACAUCAUACUGCUACCAUGAUUGAGACCGCAGAGUGGAUAGUAACAUUUACACAACACAUUUCUACGAUUCCAUAUAAAACUAAACAGCGAUCGCUCGAUACAGCUUUCUGUAUGGAAUCCGGCCAGGUGAAAACAGGAGAAAACGCCGCAGACACCUACACCAAAAUGCUUCAAGAAAUCAUCCGCAUCACGGCCCCAAUUGCAUAUGGUAUUGCAGCUGAGUACCCAACUGUGCAGAAACUGGUCAAAGGUCUUGAAGAGAAUGGGCCGUUGGCAUUAGAAGAUUUCAGGAAAUGUGCUAAUAAGGAUGGCGCGUUUACUGAUCGGAGGAUUGGACCAUCGAUCAGCAAGAGGGUUUAUAAAGUUUUUAUGGGAAGACAUGCUGCCAGUUGGGAUGUUUAGAUGGUCCUGCGAAGGAAUGGGUGCAGAAGUGCUUGUUUUAUGUUUGUAUGAGUAUUGGUGAUUGUGCAAAAGUCCUCUAGAAGGCUAAUUCUUCAUUAAGAUCCGAGAGAACGUAUUACCUGUCUAUCCCGACUUCCCAAGGUCACUGCAGCAAGGACUUUUUGACAUUGCCUCAAAGUUUGCAAGCUUACCUUUCUUAAGAAAAGAGGUCUUAGAUCAAGACAUUCCCUGGCUCGAGGUGAAAUUGGUAUCGAGGUUUUGUUGCACAUAGACUGUAAACAUCCGAUGAAAGACUACAUUGAGAUGAAAGGGGUUUUCUCUGAUGUGAUGAAAGGAAUUCUAACCAUCUGCUGUUCGGAUGGUUUAUGCGCGUCAUGCAACG